UUAACGCUCUUUUCCUUCUCUUGGACAGAAGUAUCGGUUCUGAACAAUGGUUUUUGAAAAUAUAAUACAUCAUACCAUUAAAACAAAAAACUAAAUUAGCCAACAAAAAGAUUGUGCGGAUGAAAAAAAAAAAAGAGUUUAAAAGAGUUUUAAAGAAAUACCUAUCGGCUAUAAAUCAGCCAUAUUGUUUGUUUUUCAAGGUGAAAGAACAGACCUUCAUGUUCCAGCAACAUGGAUCUUGCGUGUUCUGUGGUUGUGCUACUAAUGAGCUGUGUCUUUGGAAGUCCUGUACCUUCGUUAGAUGUCAACAGAGAAGGAGUUCAGCCUGUAGACGAUAGGCCUAUUCCAAUUGACAGCAACUCCACCGGACUGUAUGAAGACCGAUACGAUGAGAACACCACCCUAUGGAACCGCAACUCCACAGGGCUGUAUGAAGACCGAUACGAUGAGAAUAGUACCCUAGCAGACAGGAACAAAACAGGCACCCUCAUGGACAACAUAUACACAAGACCGUAUGAAGAUCGAUACGAUGAGAAUAGUACCCUAGCAGACAGGAACAAAACAGGAGAUGACGAUAUUCUUCGAGCUAACAGAACCAACACAGGACCGGCUAAAGAAACCGACUAUGAGAUUAAAGUCCAAGGGUGGAACCCCUCAAGGCAUGUUGCUGCUGGAGUCGUAUAUGAAUCCACUCGAGAUGCACCUCCACUUAUAACUCGUCAGGAAACCCUUCCAAGAUGUUUUCUUUCGACAUGCUUAGUACACCACCUGCCCAACCUUCUGCAGACGGGCGAUGAGACCGCAGGGGACAAGACAAAAGAUAUCCACGGGCCCGGAUGAAAAAAAUGUGUUUGUAUUAUUAGAAUAUUAUGUGACAACAUUAUGUAAUAAAAAAUUCAUGAUAAAGGAG